GGACAAUCACAGCGGAGCUACGUUACAGUGUGUUAUGUCAUCACAGAUGUGAUAUACAUGAGGAGGAGAGCAGUGGUGAGCAGCACAAUCCAGUGAUACAGAGGUGCCAUCAGAUCAGUCCUGGUUAAGCUGAUCCAGUUGUCUCCUCUUCCCCUCCGGCUGAUCCAGUUGUCUCCUCUUCCCCUGAAUGACCCCAAGGAUGGAGAAGGACAGGAAUGAGAUGACUAAGAGAAUAUUACACUUCACCUUGGAGAUCCUCCACCUGCUGACCGGAGAGGAUUAUACCAUAGUGAAGAAGACAUCAGGGGAGUGUGUGGCCCCCAGCAGCCAUCUCCAUGAGUCAGGAGGACAGAGCAGGGCCCGGGGCCCCAUCACGGAGCCUCCACCUCACUCACUGAUACAUGAGGAGAAGAUCCUAGAACUCAUCCACAGGAUCACUGAGCUGCUUACUAGAGAGGUUCCUAUAAGGUGUCAGGAUGUGGCGGUCUAUUUCUCCAUGGAGGAGUGGGAGUAUGUAGAAGGACACAAGGAUCUGUACCAGGACAUAGUCAUGAUGGAGGAUCACCGGCCCCUCACAUCACAAGAUGGAUUUAUUGAUUUAAAUCCACCCGAGAGGUGUCCCCGCCCUCUGUUUUCCCAGGACUGUCCAGAGGGAAAUGUCCCAGAAAACCAUCAGGGCAAAGAUCUGAUUGAUAUUAAGGUUGUGGUUAUAGAUGAAGAAGAAGAAGAGACGGGUGUCAUGGCCGAUCAGCAGUAUGGAGUAUUUGAUAGAAAUCCACCCGAGAGGUGUCCCCGUCCCCUGUAUUCCCAGGACUGUCCAGAGGGAAAUGUCCCAGAGAACCAUCAGGGUGAAGAUCUGAUGGAUAUUAAGGUUGAGGUUAUAGAUGAAGAAGAGGAGGAGACGGGUGUCAUGGCCGAUCAGCAGUAUGCCAUCAGAAAUCCACCCGAGAGGUGUCCCCGCCCUCUGUAUUCCCAGGACUGUCCGGAGGGAAAUGUCCCAGAGAAGCAUCAGGGUGAAGAUCUGAUGGAUAUUAAAGUUGAGGUUAUAGAUGAUGAAGAAGAGGAAACGGAUUUCAGGGCCAAUCAGCAGCAUGGAUAUAGAGGAGGUGAUGUAUUCAUUCCCUGUGUGUUCCCUACAGAUGGAGUCAUGGAUAGAAAUCCACCCGAGAGGUGUCCCCGCCCUCUGUAUUCCCAGGACUGUCCAGAGGGAAAUGUUCCAGAGAAGCAUCAGGGGGGAGAUCUGACUAAUAAUAAAGUGGAGGAUGAAGAAGAGAGGAUGAGGGGCCAUCACCCGUGUAUGAGGGAAGUGAAGGAGGAAAUUCCAGGAGGUGUUACCCCAGAACAUCCUUAUUUAUACUUCCAUAAAAACGUAUUAUCCUUGAAUUAUAAAGCAGAAGAUGAUCUUGUGCCGCACUCUCCAGGAGACCUCCUCACCCUUAAUGAAGAUCCAGAGGGUUCCCAAAGAAAUGAAUGUGGGAAACAAUUUAUAAAAAGCUCAGGUCUUACACACAGAAGAAUUAACAAACGAACAAAGCCGUAUACAUGCUGUCAGUGUGGGAAAUGUUUUGCCGGGAAAAAAACUUUUCUUAAGCAUCAACAAAAUCAUGGACGAAAGACGCCGUAUCCAUGUCCAGUAUGUGGGAAAUAUAUUUCAUUAAAAUCAAAUCUAGUAAAACAUUUGAGAAUUCACACAGGAGAGAAGCCGUAUUCGUGUUCAGUAUGUGGGAAAUGUUUUGCAAAUAAAUCAAAUCAUAUUAGACAUGAAAGAAGUCACACAGAAGAUAAGCCGUUUCCAUGUUCAGAAUGUGGGAAAAGUUUUAUAUCAAGACAACAUCUUGAAAAACAUGAGCGAACUCACACUGGAGAGAAGCCAUUUGCAUGUUCAGAAUGUGGCAAAUGUUUUACAACAAAAACAAGUCUUGUGAAACAUGAGAGAGGUCACACCGAAGACAGACCGUAUCCAUGUUCAGAAUGUGGAAAAAGUUUUACAACAAACUCUCAUCUUGUAAAACAUGUGAGAAUUCACACAGGAGAGAAGCCGUAUCCAUGUUCAGAAUGUGGGAAAAGUUUUAUUACUAAAGACAGACUCAAGGUUCAUCAGAGAUUUCACACAGGAGAGAAACCAUUUACAUGUUCAGAAUGCGGGAAAUGUUUUUCAUCAAAAUCAAAUCUUGUCAAACAUGAGAGAAGUCACUCAAUAGAUAAACAAUUUCCAUGUUUAGAUUGUGGGAAGUGUUUUUUAUCAAAAUCAAAUCUUGUUAUACACCAGAGAAUUCACACAGGAGAGAAGCCGUUUCCAUGUUCAGAAUGUGGAAAAGGUUUUUACACUAAAGACAAACUCAGGGUCCAUGAGAGAAUUCACACAGGGGAGAAACCAUAUCCAUGUUCAGAAUGUGGGAAAUGUUUUACAUCAAAAUCACAUCUUGUAAGUCAUAAGAGAAUUCAUGAUGGAGAAAAGCCGUAUUCAUGUUCACAAUGUGGAAAAUGUUAUACAUCAAAAUCACAUCUUGUAAAUCAUAUGAGAAGUCACACAGGAGAGAAGCCAUUUUUAUGUUUAAAAUGUGGAAAAUGUUUUAUGACUAAUUCAGAUCUUAUUAGACACGAGAGAUGUCACACAGGAGAUAAGCCGUAUUCAUGUUCAGAAUGUAGAAAAAGUUAUACAUCAAAUUCACAUCUUGUAAAUCAUAAGAGAAUUCAUACAGGAGAGAAGCCGUAUUCAUGUUCACAAUGUGGCAAAUAUUUCACAGAUAAGUCAAAUCUUACCAGACAUGAGAGAAGUCACAUGGCAGAAAAGCUAUUUAUAUGUUCAGAGUGUGGGAAAUGUUUUAUUACUGAAGCAAAACUCGACGAUCAUCAGAGAAGGCAUACAGGAGAGAAACCAUAUAUAUGUUCAGAUUGUGGGAAAUGUUUUCUAGAAAAAUCAAGUCUUGCUAGACAUGAGAGAAGUCACACAGGAGAAAAGCCGUAUCCAUGUUCAGCAUGUGGGAAAAGUUUUACAGACAAGUCAAAUCUAGUUAGACAUAGGAAAAUACAUGAGAGAAACAUGAGCGAAAAUGGUUUAUAAAUAGAUCACUAAAGAGAGUGUCCUUGUACAUGUUUAGGAUUAGGAAACCACAUUGUGGUUGAUAUCUGCAUCCAAAUCUGACACUUAAUUUUUUUUUUUACAAUGGUUCUACGAGACACAAUGUGGAUCCCAAACAAGUGCAGUAACCUAAAAGAAAAGGAAAACCAACUAAAUCGUAGAUAGCAAAAUCUGUGACUCUUUGGCAAUUUAGAUAUGAAAAUGUGAAAUAGAAAAUGUAAACUAAUAUACAGUUUAAUGGCAAGCCAACUACAACAUGUUCAGAAUGUGGGAAAUGUUUUAUUACUAAAACCAAACUAUGGGAUCCUCGGACAACACACGAGAGAAGAAGCUAUUGCAGAAUGUGGGAAAAGACAAGAAAAGUCACACAGGAAAGAAUGCGUAAUAUUGUUCAGAAUGUGGAAAAUGUUUUGUAAAGAAUUAAAAUUGUGUUAGACGAGAAGUAACACAGGAGAAAAGGCGUCAUGUUCAGUAUGUGGGAAAAUUUUAAUAAAGUCAAAAACGUUUUUCUUGUUAAAAUUUAAUUUUUUUUCCAUUAUCCAAGAACAAAACAAAUAUAGAAAAAAAGUUAGAAAUAUAAUCGCCUUCACCAACAGGACCCCCCAAAUGUUAUGAUGAGGACCCGCUACCCUCCGAGCAAGAAAGGAAAUGUAGUGUAUAAAUAUAAUAAUGUCUGGAAAAAGAUACCCCCACCAAAGGGCGACCAGGAGGGUGACCCUUUUCCUGCCUUUUCAGCAGGAUCCUGAUCCCAUCCCAAUCCUGACCCUGAACCCUGACCCCAUCCUGAUCCUAACCCCAUCCAAAUCCUUAACCUAUCCUGAUUCUGACCCCAACCCCAGACCCCAUCCUGACCCUAACCCUGACCCCAUCCCGACACUACCCACUGACCCCAUCCAAAUCCUAACCCUAUCCCGAUUCGGACCCCAACCCCAGACCCCAUUCCGAUCCUGACCCUAACCCCAGACCUGAUCCUGACCCUAACCCCAGACCCCAUCCCAAUCCUGACCCUAUCCUGACCCCAACCUGAUCCUAACCCAGACCCCAUUCCAAUCCUGAUCCCAGCUCGAUCCUAACCCUGACCCCAGACCCUAUCCCGAUCAUGACUCCAUCCCGAUCCGAACCCUGACCCCAUCCCUAUCCUGACCCCAAACCCAAUCCUGACCCCUGACCUGAUCCUGACCCCAUCCCGAUCCUAACCCCAGACCCCAUCUCAAUUCUGACCCCCAAGGCUAUCCCCUGAGUCCCCUCUCAGUCUGUAGGAUAAUAACCACAAGAUGUAAAACUUUAUCUGUAUCUUGAAGCAAGAACAAGAUCUCCCUGGGAUACAUUGAUGAUUUGUGCCCCGUUAUGGUUCAAUCACCAGUGCAAAAAGGAGGGGAGAGAGAGGAGAUGAUUGGUCCCGGCAGAUCCCCCUGAACGAUCGUCAUUCACCACUGUGUAUACUACAUCCCUCCCAAAUACCAAAGAUAUUCCCGCUCCAGCCUCGGUAUCAUGUGACAACAGGAUUGAGAAGAAGCCCCCUUUAAAUAUGAAGUGUUGUAGCCCUACCUGGGAUAUGCUGGUCUUGGUGUAUGAAGUGCGGUAUAAUUGGGAGAAUGUAUCUUUGUUAUAUCACCUGUUGUUUAAAUCAAGUUUUUAUAUUAAAAAACACCAAAA